AUGGAGUUAAUAUCGACGGUAGCUACCUGGUUCACGCCGACGACUCUUUUCCUCCUUCUCAAUCUUAUGAUCGGCACAAUCGUUAUCACUUCUCGAUUCGGGUCGGGUUCAAGAAAACACCACCCGCAUCAGCAUCACGAUGGGUUUGGAUCGGGUCAUGCUCCGGCUCCGUUAAACAGAGCUCCGUCGAUUAUCGACCGAGUCAAGUCCAUCAAUUUCCACCUCUACAAAUUUCCUCAUCCAGAAACAGAGCUCUUCUCGAUGACGACCCACCACGAUGUCAUCGGGUCGGAUCUUCACGUCUACCCGGACCCGAGUACAGCUCCGCUACAACGCGCUCCUUCUCUCUUGGAUCGGGUAAAAUCCAUCAACAUGUCUUCGUACUUCAAGUUCCCGCACAACAUAACCGGGUCGGAUCUUCACUCUCAGUCUCAGCCGGAUGAUCCAGCUCCGUUACAGCGCGCUCCUUCUCUUCUGGAUCGGGUCAAAUCCAUCAACAUGUCGUAUUUCAAAUUUCAGCAGUACAACCCGGAGGAGAGUGAUUACGCUAACCACACGGAACCGACCCGAUUCGAAAAUAUACCGACCCGAAUGGGUCGAGUUGACCCGAUUGAUAUCUCAAAAUUCAGGAUUCCUGUGGAAGACCAACCGACUGAAUCCGGAUUAAAUAAUCCAACUGACCCGCCCGGGCUAACUCGGGCUCCGUCAAUCUUAGAACGGGUCAAAUCCAUCAAGCUAUCCUCCUUCUACAGAUCCGACCCGGAUAUCCACUCCGAUCAAAAUCCGGAUCCAAAUUCGGUUCUUCACGAAGACCACAAGCACGUACGGAGCAAAUCAGAAUCGAAGAAACCUGCGAAGAAGAAGAAGAAAGCUACGAACAAGAUGACGAAAUCGGCGAGCGAGAAAUCGGGUUUUGGUUUCAUUGGGAGCCAGGAGGCGGCGGAGACGGCAGAAUCCGUCGAACGGAGAAGACCAGAUACGACGAGAGUCGCGAGAACGACGACAGUUGGCGACGGCGAAGAUUGCGUCGACGCGAAAGCUUCCGAUUUCAUCAACAAAUUCAAACAGCAGCUGAAACUACAGAGACUCGAUUCGAUUCUCAGGUACAAGGAGAUGCUCAAAGGCAACUGA